AUGAGGAAUUUACCUGUGCUAGGAAUGAAGUCUGACCGUGUGCGAAAGGACUGCUUCAAAGUAGGAAAUGGACUCACCUUCAAGGAAGUUCGUGAUAUGGCAAGUCACAAGAGUAGGCAGACAAACAGCUUCAGCUAAUGAAUACCGAAGGGCAGUGCAUCAGUUUUCCUAAAGCAUAUCAACGCCAAGGAAACCGGCAACCAACCUCUAAUAUUAGCUCAAGCUGACGGUAAGCCUGCAGGAAUUGUGGCUGGGGUCCCCAGUUGAACGCAGUGCCGAGCGAAGAAUGUCACUACUGCCAGAAAGUAGGACACUUAAGGUAUGUCUGUCAAAGUUAAAGAAAAAAUGUGCAUGAAAUUGAAGCGACUAGUCUUGGCGCAAGUGAAUCAGCACCUGACCAUAGUCAGUCAUCCUGUGAUCACGUUUUUUGGGGGGCCCAAUUAGUGCAACUCCCUCGACUAGCUCGUUGUCUCCUGUGAAGAGAAAGGCCAUUUUAGAGGUUUGCCUGGCACUAAGUCCGAAGGAAAACAAACACGUGCAUUGUGCAAGAUAGACUCGGGUGCAGAAACCAACGUCAUAACCAAGUCCGUGUAUAAACCAGCUUAGCCCUAGAGUUUUACAGUCUACGCCCACUUGGAAGCUAACAGCAUAUGGUGGGACUGAAAUCCAAAAUUUGGGAUCAUGCCAGGUGUACGUCAAGGGUCCCAACACCCAUAUUCCAAGUCAGUACAGGCAUAAAGCCACCGGUUGUGAGAAGCAGAAGCCUAGGGGCAAGAUCACUACCUAGCACUGCUGACAUACUGUCUCCUACCUGAAGACAACAACCUACCUUCGCCUGCCCAGUUGCUGAACGACAGAGAUUACCGCACACAGUUUCCAAGUAGUGGACGGCUUCAACGAUCUCAAGCCCUUGAUACCACAGAGAACAACUGCAGAACCGACAGAACAUCCAGAGAAAACAGUAUGAUAGUAGAUCGGCACGCGAACUUUGAAACCUAAAUCAAGACGAGCAGAUAGUCGUGUUCCAGGGAAGAACCAAAAUAUGGCGUCCACCACAGGUGAAGGAAGAGGCGAGUGAGCCACGGUCCUACAAUGUUAAGACAGCUGAUGGGUCUGAGCUAAGGCGCAAUAGAGUACAGCUGAAGCCCUUAGAGAAAACCGCAAGCCAGGCUAAUAGCAACAAAGAGAGUCCUUGGACACACGGAGACCUAUCUAAGUCUUCAGCCUAUCCUCAGUUGUCAUCACCAGAACUACGCCGAGCAGCCGGCCAGUCGAUCAUCAGUGCCUUCUGACCAAAGCAAUGCUAACUUCCCCCCUGACACCCAAGAUGGGUCGUGUUGUGAAGAAGCCAUCUAGAAUAGACGUAUUAACCGUAUGACGUAUUAACCGUACAGAGACACUUAUGACCAGUAUUGUUUACCACUUUAUUUAUUAGCUGUUUUGUUGUUUUUCAUUUGUCUUUUUAACCCUCGGAAGCACACACAUAUUCAUCCCCCCACCGUGGUACAAGGGGCGCGGGGGGGAGGGGUCGAUGGAACCCCUUCCCGGAGUUUUUGAUAUGUUGCAGUAUUUUAAAACGAUUUUAACUUUAGUGGAAAGCCUUUUAUCUUCUUAAGAAGAUGAGGUAUAUUUUGUGGGUGGUGGCGCCGGUGGAGGCCUGUGACGUCACCAACAAUGGUCGCCAUCUUGCCCGCCAUCUUGGAAUUUACCAAGAAUUAGAAAUCAGGUUAAAACCGCGAGAAAUGGUAAAUUUUGGUUCUUUACAUGAAAAGUAACACAUAAAUAAGCACUUAACGUGAUUUUAGCUACAAGAUUUACUUUUAUUGUUGAAAGAAGUUGAAAAACAUGUAUUUUCACCCAAAAUUGGAUUGGCUUAUGCUACUUAUGACGUCAUAUCUCGUAACCAUAGCAACUGACCAACAACAAACCUGUCCCAAAAUCUGCGCGAAGGAUGAACGAACAGCUAUUGAAAACGUCACGUGUUGAUUUUUUAUCCUCAGACUAGCAAAAAACUUAGAAAAACCUUAUGGGUGGAUGGCAUCCACCCCCCCCCCCUUUGUACGUCCGGGGGUUAAUCUAUUUUUGCUGUUUGUUCAUGUUGGACAGUUUUGCUUUCCGGCUAGCUUAUAUUACAGUGGAUAUGUUUUAACGACUGGGCAAAAUCUGGUAACAAGAGAACUCCUACGAACGUAACUCUAUGAGAAUUUUCCAAAGCGUUUGACAAAGUCUUCCUCAGAGACCUCUGCUUCAUAAAUCAGAAAGAUGCGGUAUUGACGGCCCUCUUUUCAAACCUUUUUAAUUGCUGGGUCGCAACGUGUUGUUUUGAGCGGCAGUCAUUCGUCAUGGACUUUGGUAAAAUCAGGCGUACCUCAGGGAACAAUUUUAGGGCCCAUCUUGUUUAUAAUGUACGUCAACGAUAUAUCCACUGGAGUUCUUUCACUGUGAAAUUGCACGCAGACGACACUAAACUCUAUAGAGAGAUAGAGAGCAUUCUUGAUAAUCAUGAUACACGUGUGCUACAAUCUGACUUGUUUCGACUCACAGACUGGUGCAAACCCUGGCAGUUGAAAUUCAACCCCGAUAAAUGUGAAAUCAUGAGAAUAACACGCAAAUAAGAUAAGUCGAAAGAGAGCUAUACACUUGAUCCAGUGGUGAAAUUCUUUACAGUGUGAGAAAUAUCAAAGAUCUCGGUAUUACAAUAUCGUACGAUCUCUCAUGGAGCGAUCAUAUUCACCAAGUCGUCAAUAAAGCGAACAAAGUCCUUGGGGUCAUUAAGCGCGUGCUUGGGUCUAAUAUAGUGUAGAUGAAUUCUCGUUGCUAUACAAAUCUCCGGUAAGGCCGAUACUGGAUUACACGGCUCCACUGUGGUGCCCCUUCUUAGUAAAGGACAUUGUUUCGCUAGGAAAAGUCCAAAGGAGAACGUCGAGAUUGGCCCUCAGCCAAAAGAGGGGCGAAGUGGACUACGAGGAACGUUGUGCCAUUUUAAAGUGUUAACCGACUAAAGAAUCGAAGUCUAUUUUUCUCUAAUCGAGUGCUAUAAAUGUAUAUACUUUCAAGACUUUUUCCAGUUAGUGUCAAAACGAACAAGAAGUAAUCGUAAGUUGAAGUUUCAAGCAUCUAGUUGUAACUGUUACAAAUAUUCAUUUUUUGUGAGAAUUGUAAAAGAAUGGAAAGGUUACCUCAGUGGGUUGUCGGGGUAGUAAAUCUUGCAUGUUUUAAGCGUUCUUUAGGAUCAUUUUUUAAAUAUAUCGUGGUAUUUUUAUUCUUUAUUGGUUUUAUUUUUAACUACCCUUUUGGAUGUACAUUUUUAACGUUACAUUUUUAACAUUACAUUUUAACAGUUAUACAAUGUUUUUAAGAUUUUUCUUUAGAUCGAGAGAGUAUUUUACAUAGGGCCAAUCUCUUAAACUCCCUUUCCGAGGCAUUUUUUGUACAUAUUUAUCUUUGCUCUUUAAUGCUUUGAAUAACUGAUGUAUGUAGGUAUGUAUAUAUGUAUAAUCAACCUUGCCCAUGCACAGUGCAUGCAUUUAUUAAGCACAUGUUUCUCUACGACCGAGCUUGUAUUCAUAGAGAGUCGGAGGAUUAUUAAAAACGAAUGUUUUGACCUAAUACGUAUAUUUUCAAGGGGGAAAAAAGUUAAGUUAAUUAACUGUAAGAAAAUAGUUUUUUCGUUUACAGGGAGGAGAGAAAAGAAGAUAGUCUCAUAUUUUGCUCUGCAGAUGACGACGUGGUGAAACUAUUUAGUGGCUAAAUAAUUUAGAGCCGCCACCACACGAAUGGCCUUACUGCAAAUUAUUGGCAUAUUAGAUUUAAUUUGCCGUUGAUGACACUGGGAAUUUUUUAUAUUAAUUUGUCUUUGCAUGGUGUCUAAAAAUUUCACGCGAAUUUUCAGUUGUUAGGCUUUUUUUUACUGUAAGCCCUUGCUGAGGAUGAUAUUGAAGGGAUGUACGACAUGGGCGCCUUAGCGCCUGUUUGAUCCGAAAAAGGUUGAAAAUUUAAGUUCUCUGAGAUUCAUUCUGGUGCCAUUUGGGCUCUAAAAUUUCGCAAAUGCUAGGACUGAUUCCAUGUUGAAGAAGAAUGGAAUAUUUGAUAUACUUUAAAAAAAAUAAUAAUAAAAAAAAACCUUCCAAGAUUUCCCGGGAAGAUUAGAGGCUAGAUGUCUUUUAAUGACUGUUAUCGAGCAAACAAACAACAAAUAUUGAGAAAACUCUAAAAACUGGACACUGAUAAAGACAAUGUUGCCCGAAAGAAUGCAUUGUCCUUAACCGGCAGCAGGAAAUAAUAACGAAAAGCAAAUUGCCAAAAUUCUUUGCGGCUUUCUUUGGUCUCUUCGUGAAAUUAAAAUUGGGCUGUCAGAUGAAAGCCUUUACCUUUUUCUUCCAGAUGUUGAUGAGUGCAAUGAUGGUAGCCAUGACUGUCACUCGGAUGCCAACUGUAAAAACACCGCAGGCUACUUUACAUGCAAUUGCAAAGACGGAUACAGCGGAGAUGGACGCAACUGUACAGGUAAAGAUCAGUUAAUGCUCGAAUGCAGCUGA